AUGUCCUCCUUAAGUGGUAAAGUGCAGACUGUGCUGGGCCUUGUGGAUCCAAACAAAUUGGGUCACACCCUGACCCACGAACAUUUGGCAAUGACCUUUGACUGCUGUUACUGCCCUCCUCCUUCAUGCCAUGAAGCUGUCUCUAAGGAAACUCUUGUGAUGAAAAAUCUGUUUUGGAUUCAGCAAAACCCUUAUUCCCACAGAGAGAACCUUCAGCUGAAUCAGGAAACAGAAGCCGUAAAGGAAGAAUUGUUGUAUUUUAAGGCCCACGGUGGAGGGGCUUUGGUGGAGAAUACAACCUCUGGACUUAGCCGAGAUGUACAGACUUUGAAGUGGUUAGCUGAGGAGACCGGUGUCCACAUCAUCUCUGGAGCUGGCUUUUAUGUGGAUGCAACACACUCUUCAGAGACCAGAGCAAUGUCAAUAGAGCAGCUUACAGAUGUCCUUAUUAAUGAAAUUCAACAUGGAGCUGAUGGAACCAAUAUCAAGUGUGGUGUUAUUGGAGAAAUUGGUUGCUCCUGGCCUUUGACUACAAGUGAAAGAAAAGUUCUUCAGGCAACAGCUCAGGCCCAGGCUCAACUUGGCUGUCCUGUUAUUAUCCAUCCUGGAAGGAAUCCAAGCGCACCAUUUCAGAUUAUCCGAGUAUUGCAAGAAGCAGGUGCAGACAUUUCCAAAACAGUUAUGUCACACCUUGAUAGGACUAUACUUGAUAAAAAGGAACUACUGGAGUUUGCUCAACUUGGCUGUUAUUUGGAAUAUGAUCUCUUUGGUACUGAACUUCUUCAUUAUCAAUUUAACCCAGAUACUGACAUGCCUGAUGAUAAUAAAAGAAUUAGAAGGGUGCGGUUCCUGGUGGAUGAGGGUUACGGAGAUCGAAUUCUGAUGGCGCAUGAUAUUCAUACGAAGCAUCGGCUGAUGAAAUAUGGAGGUCAUGGCUAUUCUCAUAUACUCACCAACAUUGUUCCGAAAAUGUUACUUAGAGGUAUCACUGAGACUGCACUUGAUAAAAUACUAAUAGAGAAUCCCAAGCAAUGGCUAACGUUCAAAUAG